GAUUUUGCAUUUCUGGGGAACAGGACUGUUUUGUUUACUAACAGUCCUUCUCCCUGUCGGCUCAAGCACAGUGCUCUGGAUGGCUGUGCACAACACAGUCAUCCACAGCAGUGUGAUUACAGUGAAUCACACACCCUCCGCCCGCUAGUUAAACACUCCCAGCACACAGUUAACCCUUUCAUCAUCCUCAUGUUAACCCCUUCCUGCCCAGUGCCAUUAGUACAGUGUCAGUGCUUUUGUUUUUUAGCACUGAUCACUGUAUUGGUGUCACUGGGGAAGUCAGUGACACCAAGUCAGUUCCCCCCAGUGUCAGAAUGUCUG